UCUAACUAGGGAUGCUAACGGUGCGGAUCCAGAGAUGGAAGGAUUUCUCCACCCCCGUUUUAUUUCUUAUCGGGACGGAACGGAUUUAGGACGAAUUAUUAUUAUUAUUUUUUUUUUGGGCUCUCACUGACCAUCUUAUUUGAGGCGGAUCAGAACGGGAGCAAAUCUUUAGCGGAUUUUUAACGAAUUCGGACGGAUUGAAGGAAGAAAAGGGCCUCCCGCCUUCCACUCUAUUUACUUAGCGGAUUGGGACUAAUUCGAAGCAGCCAUCCGGCCCUCCCUCUUCAUCUCGCUUCCGUACGACCUCUCCGCCUUGCAUGCACGCGCGAGGCCGCUUGAUCAACAUCGUCGUCACCGUCAUCUGUGGCCGCCGCCGCCGCGCAUCUCAUCUAUCGACAUUUUUGUUCGUCGUGGACGACACUUCAUCGUCGUUGUUACCGUCUUUGAGAGAAGGUUCCGGUGAAUUGGCUCCCUUUGCAUUCUUGACCGGAUAGCUUAUUAGCUUAGAAACUGUUUUUGAGGUGGAUAAAGGAAGAAUCAAAAACCGUAUUAGGCAUUCUGCGACAGAGUGAAUCUUCAUGGAUUCUACAAGAAGAGAAGAAAAUUGCAGCCUGCUGGGAAAUGGAAUUGUAGGAAUACUUUCCGAGUCCAUUAACAAGUGGGAAAGGCGGGCGCCCUUAACUCCCUCUCACUGUGCUCGCCUUCUGCUCCGUGGAAAGGGCAGAAGUGGAGUCGAACGGAUUAUCGUGCAGCCAAGCAUGAAGCGCAUCCAUCAUGAUGCCCAAUACAAGGAUGUUGGAUGUGAAAUUUCCGAUGAUCUAUCAGAAUGUGGUCUCAUUGUAGGAAUAAAACAACCGAAGUUGGAGAUGAUACUUCCGGAUAGAGCAUACGCCUUCUUUUCCCACACCCACAAGGCCCAGAAAGAAAACAUGCCCUUGCUAGAUAAGAUUCUAGCUGAAAGAGUGUCCUUAUUUGAUUACGAACUGAUUGUUGGUGAUGAUGGGAAGAGAUUGCUAGCAUUUGGAAAAUUUGCGGGGAGAGCAGGCUUAAUAGACUUCUUACAUGGUCUGGGGCAACGAUACCUAUGUCUCGGAUAUUCUACACCUUUUCUAUCGCUUGGAGCAUCUUAUAUGUAUCCUUCUCUUGCUGCGGCAAAGGCUGCUGUACUUGCCGUCGGCGAGGAAAUAGCUACGCUGGGACUUCCAUCUGGAAUUUCCCCCAUUGUAUUUGUAUUCACUGGAGAUGGAAAUGUUUCUCAGGGUGCACAAGAGAUCUUCAAGCUCUUACCCCAUACAUUUGUUGAUGCUGAAAAGCUUCCAGAACUUGCUAUGGCUGGGCACUCUCCUUCAACAAGGCGUGUAUUUCAAGUAUAUGGCUGCAUUGUAACAUCUCGAGAUAUGGUUGCCCCCAAGGAUUCAACAAGAAAUUUCGACAAAGCAGACUAUUAUGCUCAUCCAGAGCACUAUUACCCUAUUUUUCAUGAAAAGAUAGCUCCAUACGCAUCUGUCAUUGUGAAUUGUAUGUAUUGGGAGAAAAGAUUUCCUCGGUUACUGAGCACUAAGCAGUUACAAGAACUAAUGAAGAACGGAUGCCCUCUUGUUGGAGUUUCUGAUAUAACUUGUGAUAUUGGUGGUUCACUGGAAUUUGUCAACAACUCCACAUCUAUAGAAAAGCCUUUCUUCAGGUAUGACCCCUUUAAGGAUUCAUACCAUGAUGAUAUGGAGGGUGAUGGUGUUAUCUGUUUAGCUGUUGACAUACUUCCAACAGAGUUUUCUAGAGAGGCUUCUCAACAUUUUGGAGAUAUCUUAUCUCAAUUUAUUGGCAGCUUGGCUUCAGCUAAGGACAUAAAAGAACUUUCUUCUCACUUGAGAAAAGCAUGCAUAGCUCAUCGUGGAGCACUUACCUCUUUGUAUGAAUACAUUCCCCGAAUGAGGAAAUCUUUAAUGGAUUCAUUACCAAUUCUUACAAAUGGUUUAUCUGGCAAGAAGUACAAUACACUGGUAUCUCUUAGUGGUCAUUUAUUUGAUCAGUUUCUAAUAAAUGAGGCGUUGGAUAUUAUUGAAUCUGCCGGUGGAUCUUUCCGUUUAGUUAGAUGUGAAGUGGGUCAAAAUACAAAUGCUAUGUCCUUUUCAGAACUCGAAGUAGGCGCAGAUGACAGCGCUAUGCUGGAUCAGAUAAUUGAUUCCUUGACUUCUCUUGCAAACCCUAGGUCUAAAGAAGGUAUUCGAAAAGAAAGAGAAUUAUCUCUGAAGAUAGGAAAAAUUAGUGCUUAUUCAACUGAGGAUAGCAUGCCUAGAAAAGAGCAAGCAGUUCUUAUUCUUGGCGCUGGCCGAGUUUGUCGACCAGCAGCUGAAUUUCUAACAUCAAAAGAAAACUCAUAUUGUGGUGGUCUCAAUGGAUGUGAUGUCGGAGGAUUCCAUGUUAUUGUGGCAUCCUUUUAUCAAAAGGAUGCAGAAGAGACAAUUGAGGGUCUAAAAGAUGCAACAGCUGUUCAGCUUGAUGUCAUGGAUUCUGAAAGACUUUCAGAGUAUGUAUCAAAGGUUGAUGUCGUCAUUAGCUUACUGCCUGCUAGUUUUCAUGUUGCCGUUGCAAGUGCAUGCAUAGAGCACAAAAAGCACAUGGUCACUGCAAGCUAUGUUGACGAUUCCAUGUCCAAGUUGGAUGAAGUUGCAAAAAGUGCAGGCGUGACGAUACUCUGUGAAAUGGGCCUUGAUCCUGGCAUAGACCACAUGAUGGCAAUGAAAAUGAUUGACCAAGCGCACAGCAGAAGGGGAAAAGUAAAAGCCUUUACUUCUUAUUGCGGCGGACUGCCAUCUCCUGCUGCUGCAAACAACCCACUGGCUUAUAAAUUCAGUUGGAACCCCGCUGGUGCUAUCAAGGCGGGGAGAAAUUCUGCAAUUUACAAGUUCCAAGGGGAGAUUGUACGUGUUGAUGGCAAUGAACUAUAUGAUGCAUCAAAAAGAUUUCGCUUGCCAGAGCUCCCAGCUUUUGCUUUAGAAUGCCUCCCGAAUCGGAAUUCAUUGACUUAUGGGGAUUUGUAUGGGAUCUCUGCAGAGGCAUCAACAAUCUUUAGGGCUACCCUUCGCUAUGAAGGUUUUAGUGAAAUAAUGGCAACUAUGGCCAGAGUUGGUUUCUUUGAGACAGAGCUUCAUCCGCUGAUUAAAGGAAGUAGGAGACCAACAUUUAAGGAAUUCCUAAAUGAGAUUCUGAAAGUCGGUAGUUCUACACCAAUAACCACUGGUAGCUUCAAAGGAUCUGUUGGGAGUGAUGAAGAACUAGUUGAAAGGUUAAUUAUGCUUGGGCAUUGCAAAGAAAAAGCAACUGCCGUGAGGACAGUCAAAACCAUCAAGUUCUUGGGACUUAAUGAGGACGUGGAAGUUCCAGCAGCAUGCUCAAGUGCAUUUGAUGUCAUGUGUCUACAAAUGGAAGAGAGGUUAUCCUAUGGUAGUAAAGAGCAGGAUAUGGUGCUCUUGCAUCAUGAAGUGGAGGUGGAAUUUCCUGAUGAUGGACCUAGAGAAAACCACCGAGCAACCCUACUAGAGUUUGGGAGGACAAAAAAUGGUAAAACAACCACCGCAAUGGCGCUUACUGUUGGAAUUCCAGCAGCCGUAGGAGCUCAGCUCUUGCUUCAGAACAGAAUCCAACAGAGAGGUGUCGUUAGACCUCUACAAUCUGAAGUCUACAUACCAGCUUUGGAGAUCUUGGAAGCAUGUGGUAUAACUUUAUUGGAGAAAGUUGAAACCUCAUGAAAGGAUCACUUUUAAGACUUUCUGCAGGACAUGCUGUAAAUUUAUUAUUCCUAAAUUCAUGUGCUAUUUGGAGGAUCCUUUUAUAAAUCAGUGAACUUUUCCAUUAUUAGGAAAAAUAUUUGCUAAUGCAGCCUGAGCAAUUUUUGCUCAGGGAUGCUAAAUGUAUGAAGUUGCAUGUAAUCUUCGCUUUCUCCCUCAAUCUAUGUUCAUGAAUGAUAAGAUAAAUAAUGAGUUGAAUGCAAUCAUAGAUUAAGGCUUUAAAGAAGUAAAAAUUUACAGGUUGUCUA